CACAGCUUGUCACAUGGUACAAGGCUGUUGUGAAUAGACUUGCACCAUGUGACCUCUGUGAUCAUUCACAGAUUUCACAAGUAGUAAGCAAUGAUGUCAGGAAGUGACAUCUUGUUUACUACUAUUCAUGUGAUCACUGAUUGGCCAAUCAGUGAUCACAAGAAUCAGGAACUCACACAGAGGUCCCGUACAUCAUUGAGAAAUACUGAGUGAGCUGUGAUUGGUCACAGCUUGUCACAUGGCACAAGGCUGUUGUGAAUAGCCUUGUACCAUGUGACCUCUGUGAUCAUUCACAGAU